UGAUCUAACACAGUCAGCCUUCUUCUUCAUCUUCUUCUUUUCAUUGGUUUGCUAUUAUCAAUCUGGUAGAAACAUGUUUUUAUCUUUCUUUGUAACAAUGGAGCAACACAAAAUGAAGAACAUGCCCACUGCCCACUACACACACAACACUACACUGUGCUACUGAACUGAUACUGUUUUUUUCUCUGUCUCUUGGUUCCUAUGGAAAGCAUGAAUAAUAGUAAUAAUAAUAUUCCCCAUUGCGGCCACUCACUUGCUGCAAAUAAGCAGAGGAGCUUCUUCUCGGAUUCCUCCUCCUCCGAUGUUGUCUUCACUUCUCACAAGUCUGUCUACGACGAUGCAUUCAUGGCGGCCCCCCCAAAGUUGGACUUGGGCCGUUCCACCCUCGCCCCUCGCCUCCAAGACUAUUCCGAGAUUUUUGGCGCUCUUCACACCCCCUCCUCCUCCUCGUCUAUUCCUUUACUCCAUCUCGACGGUGAUUCAUUUUCUGACGCUUUUACUAAUUAUACUGAGGUUUUCGGAGGUAUUAAAGGCUUUCCAUUCACUCACUCUUUUGAGGAUUUCUUCGGGCAGUUCGGCGGUGAAUAUGAUUCUUCCGAUGAGCAAUGGAGUCCAGCAGAAAGUGACUCUGUGUCAGAUGAGUUAGAUCCUCGUGGUGGCUCUGAUAACACUUGUAGGUUAUCAGAUGGUGAAGCUCACUGCUUACAAGAAGGUAAUAACGAGUUCAAUGAAAUUUUUAACUCAUCUAGUCUGAGAUAUAUGAGAACAGUGUCAAAUGGAUCCCCUCAUGUUAAUAUUACUGCUGUUUCUCCACAAAUUUCCUCUGAAUAUAAAGGUGAUGUUUCAUGGCGUGUGGAGGAUAAGCACUGCCCGAUGCAUGUUGUCGAACAUCUUGAGGAAACUGAAGAAUUUGGUGAAAGAGUUGAUGAAACAAAAAACAUCAAGUAUAUCUUGUUGAAUACCUUUCAUGGUGGCUUUGAUCCUCAAGUAAAUGAUUUCAACUCCCUAGAGAAUCAAGGACAUCCUGCCUGGGAUAAACCAUUUGUCACUGUAUCAGAUAUCAGCCUAAGAACCAAGCCUUCACAGUUGCCACCUCCUUUGAGACCUCCACCAGCCUUAGUUAAACUCAAGGAUUCUAUUGGGAAAGUGGAGUCUGAUAGUUCGUCUAGUUUGUUUGCCAUUAAACAGGAUGAUGGAGAAUUUUCUGAGGAUGUUAAAGCCAAGCAUCAAAGUGAGGAAGACUCCAUUUCGAGAGGGGACAUGUGUAGCAUUAAAUCUGUGUGUAUGAGCAGUGAUGAGGAUGAAUUAUUUUGUUUACAAGGAAAAGUAGCCACAGGCUCUGCACCUAUUAUUGAAGAUGGAAUAGGAUCAACAAAUAGCAAAGAACAAACUUUGAAGUCCUGUGAACUGCCUUCUUUUAACCAUAUUAUCGAUAGGUCUGUUGGGAAUGCUGCACAGAGGAAAGCAACAGAAAAUAUUGGGGUUAUUGAAACCAAAAUAAACAGGCAGGCAUUUGAUAUGGUUGGGGAUUGCAAUACUUUGAUGCAACACGUGACUCAAGAUAACUGUAGGCAUCAGAUAUCACCUGACCAUGCGGAAUUUAACCAGAAGGAUAACAAUAAGAGACCUUUAGAGUUAGAAGAGGCUUCUGAAAGGAAACCAACAGUAAGAUAUCAACAGACUAGAUGGGAUGAAGAAAAUGGAUUGCCUGAAAUGACUGGAGAGUAUUGCAUUUCAAACUGCAAGCAGCAAAAGGAAAACCAAUACACAAGGUCGAACAGUAGAUUAUUCGGUAAACUGAGUGGUAAUUUAAGUGAGACUGAAGAAUACGGCCAACAGCUUGGGGAAAGUGAAAUUUUACGAAUAAAUACAUUGAGGGUGGAACGGCAGAAAAGAUCUGAGGAUGUGGAAGGAGAAGAAACUUCGGAGAGGGUGAAGAGGAUACCAGUAACUGAAGAAAUAGAGAAACAAUGCACUGAGGUCUCAGAAAAUGAUUAUGAUAGAAAAUUGGAGACUGCUGAAAUUAAGGAGAGCAAGAUACUCAUUGAAGAAGAUAAGGAUGAUGGGGAGAGUUUCAAUAACUCAUAUAGAAUUUUGAGUAAUGAGCAAAGCUUACGGGGAGUUGAGGAAGGCAACAAGUUGCAAAUGGAGGCUUGUAAAACUAAAGUGAAUGAGAUACCUACAGAGGUUGUUGAACAAGCUGAAAAUGACAAAGAACACAAGUUGGUUCAUACAAGUGAGGUAUUUAAAAGGAGAAGAGAUGGUCCUGAAAACAUAUAUAAUGAAAGGUAUACAGAUAUUGAGAAAAAAGCAGGUAAUGAGGAAACUUUUUUUGAAUCAGAAGGCACUUGGAACAUUAGUACAGAUGCUUGUGUGCAAGCAAAACUAAUUGGAACCAUUGAAGAAAAUGAGCCAGUUGAGAGUAAUGAGUAUGAAAGAGUACUCAAAAUAGAUUUGAGUGAUCAACCUUUCAAUGAUGUGGAUCAAUUAAAUAUUCUUUCUGGUGGAUGUAAGCUUCCUAAAGUAAUAGAGGAGGGUAUGUUCUCUGUGAAGCAUGAUUCUAUUCAAAUUAUGGGAUUAAACCAAACAGAAUCUUCUGAGGGAUGUAAGGAGUUGAGAACUGGAUCUAGCUGUAACAUCUAUGAUGCUGAAGCGGUAGUGGAUGAUACGUUGGGAACGGACAUUAAUAGGUAUGAUUCACAUGAUGGAAACACUUGUAUCCUAUCAAGCAGUGUCAUGGAUUUACAUAAUUCACCUGAGAAGAUGACAGAUUCAAGUCUUAAUGAAAGCAGGGGAUUUUCAUGUGUUGUCCCAGAUAACAGAUGCUCAGAGCUGAAAUAUGGUCUUAAGGCUGAAAGCAUAACAUCUACUAAGGAUGAAAGAUCCGGAAACACAAAAGGAACUCAAAUUGUCAACAAAAAGGAAGAUACUGAAGAUACUUUCACUCGAUGUCAGGAGAUCAGAAACUCUCUCAUAUAUAGAAGUAAUGUAGAAGAUGCUCCAUUCAUCUUUGGACCAAGUGAGAAUCCAUUGUAUUCAAUAAAAUCUGCUAAAAGCCAAAGGAUCGAAAUGAAAGACAAGAAUAUCAAAGACAACCUUGCUAACCAAAAAUAUAGGGAAACAAUGACAAGGGAAAGUGAUUCAAAAAAUGAUCAUAUGAGAAAAGUAGAAGAAGAAAGAGAGCGAGAAAGGGAAAGAGAAAAGGACCGGAUGACUGUUGAUAAAACAGCUCUUCAAGCUCAUGAAAGAUCAUAUCCUGAAGCUCGUAAAAGGACAGAAAGAGCUGCAAUUGAUAGAACUGCUGCAGAAGUAAGGUUUCGGGCAGCAGACACUUAUGAAAGACUAGAGAAGUCAUCAAUAGUGGUGAGGCUCAGGACUGAGAGAGCUACUCAUGAGAGAGCAACUGCAGAGGCUCGGCUGCAAGCUGUUAAAAAAUAUAGUGCUCAGGAUCGUGGAUCUGAAACCCAUGAUCAUGCAGAAAAGUAUGGGGCUGAUAGGUUUUCUGCUUCUUUAAGAUCUGGCUACACUAGACAAAGCUCCUUGACUUCUGAUUUUCGCUUCCGAAGUACUUCAAACAUGAAUGUUUUGCAGCAUUCAUAUUCUUCAGCACAUUUUGGGACUGAAGGUGAAUCACCCGAGAGAUGCAAGGCUCGUUUAGAAAGAUACAAGCGAACAGAAGAACGAGCAGCAAAUGCGUUGGCUGAGAAAAAUAGGCGUGAUCUUCUUGCUCAGAAGGAAAGAGAAGAGAGGAAUAGAGUUGCUGAAGUUUUGGAUGCUGAAGUCAAGAGAUGGUCAAUUGGAAAAGAAGGAAACCUUCGGGCACUGCUUUCAACCUUGCAAUAUAUCCUUGGGCCAGAUAGCGGCUGGCAACCAGUUCCUUUAACUGAAGUUAUAACUUCUGCUGCUGUCAAAAAAAGUUACAGGAAAGCAACUCUUUGUGUCCACCCUGACAAAUUACAACAGCGGGGAGCGACAAUUCAACAGAAGUACAUAUCUGAGAAGGUUUUUGAUCUUUUAAAGGAAGCUUGGAGCAAGUUCAAUUCAGAGGAGCUUUAACUAAUAGUGCAGGAAUUGAGAGAGGUAGACAACAAGCACUGCAGUAGGAAUGAUUUGAUGAUAUGCUGCAAUCAAGAAUGUUUUGAAACCUACCUACCUAUACAUCUUUUCUUCAAGUUCAUAUGAUAUAUAUAUAUAUACACUAGUGCUUGUAAGCGGCGCGUUUGUUUUGUAAUGUAACAUUUGCGGCUUCAGAAAGAACAAAAGCAAUGCCAUGUUGGAGGGCAGGGGAUUCAUAAUCUUGCAAUGAACAACCACAACAAUAAUAUUGCCAUUUUUCUAGAAGAAAUUGCUUGUCUUUGUAGGAGUAAUACUCCAUCUUUCACUACAAGGCAUAAUACGAUUGUAAUAAACAAUGGAACAAGUUGGACCUUGUUUGGAAAUUGGAAAUGUUUGAA